GAGGCCCUGCUGGUGCGCCGGACCUGACGGGGGCCGUCCGCCCAACUGCGCCAGACUCCGGCCGCGGGACCGCCGAUGGCAGUGGGCGCCUCCCCGUGAAACCUGCCAAGCUGGACGCCACAGCUCUGCACGACGACACUUUGGCCCACUCCGUGCCCUCCCCGGAGGCGUGCAACCAUGCAGUCCUAGCCUGCGGCCCGGGCAUCCCCGAGGAGCACUAUGUGAGCGAGGCUGUGGAAGAUGCUCCCAGCUGCAGAGGGUACCGGGAUGCCUGUACCAUCACAGACGUGUGCAACAGCACCGACCUUCCGGAAGUCGAGAUCAUCAGCCUGCUGGAGGAGCAGCUGCCCCACUAUAAGUUAAGAGCUGACACCAUCUACGGUUAUGACCACGACGACUGGCUGCACACACCCCUCAUUUCUCCAGAUGCCAACAUCGACCUCACCACCGAGCAGAUCGAGGAGACGCUGAAGUACUUCCUUUUAUGUGCUGAAAGAGUUGGCCAGAUGACUAAGACAUAUAAUGACAUUGAUGCUGUUACUCGGCUUCUUGAGGAGAAAGAGCGGGAUUUAGAACUGGCCGCCCGGAUUGGCCAGUCGUUGUUGAAGAAGAACAAGACCCUCACCGAGAGGAACGAGCUUCUGGAGGAGCAGGUGGAGCACAUCAGGGAGGAGGUGUCCCAGCUCCGGCAUGAGCUGUCCAUGAAGGAUGAGCUGCUGCAGUUCUACACCAGCGCCGCGGAGGAGAGCGAGCCCGAGUCCCUGUGCUCCACCCCGUUGAAGAGGAAUGAGUCAUCCUCCUCCGUCCAGAACUACUUUCACCUGGACUCUCUUCACAAGAAGCUGAAGGACCUUGAGGAAGAGAACGUCGUACUUCGAUCCGAGGCCUGCCAGCUGAAGACGGAGACCAUCACCUACGAAGAGAAGGAGCAGCAGCUGGUCAAUGACUGCGUGAAGGAGCUGAGGGACGCCAACGUGCAGAUCGCCAGCAUCUCCGAGGAGCUGGCCAAGAAGACCGAAGAUGCUGCCCGCCAGCAGGAGGAAAUCACGCACCUGCUCUCUCAAAUCGUGGAUCUGCAGAAGAAGGCCAAAGCCUGCGCGGUGGAGAAUGAAGAACUCGUCCAGCACCUGGGGGCUGCCAAGGAUGCCCAGCGGCAGCUCACGGCCGAGCUGCGCGAGCUGGAGGACAAGUACGCAGAGUGCAUGGAGAUGCUGCACGAGGCGCAGGAGGAGCUCAAGAACCUGCGGAACAAGGCCAUGCCCAACACCACGUCGCGGCGCUACCACUCGCUGGGCCUGUUUCCCAUGGACUCCCUGGCAGCCGAGAUCGAGGGGACGAUGCGGAAGGAGCUGCAGCUGGAAGAGCCCGAGUCGCCGGACAUCGCCCACCAGAAGCGAGUCUUCGAGACCGUGAGAAACAUCAACCAGGCCGUCAAGCAGAGGUCCCUGACCCCCUCCCCCAUGAACAUCCCCGGCUCCAACCAGUCCUCGGCCAUGAACUCCCUCCUGUCCAGCUGUGUCAGCACCCCCCGGUCCAGCUUCUACGGCAGCGACGUCGGCAAUGUCGUCCUGGACAACAAGACCAACAGCAUCAUCCUGGAAGCAGAGUCCACCAACAUGGGAAACAACGAGCAGAGUAAGAAGCCGGGGACGCCAGGCACGCCGGGCUCCCACGACCUGGAGACGGCGCUGAGGCGGCUGUCCCUCCGCCGGGAAAACUACCUGUCGGAGAGGAAGUUCUUCGAGGAGGAGCAGGAGAGGAAGCUGAGGGAGCUGGCGGAGAAGGGCGAGCUGCUCAGCGGGGGCUCCCUCACGCCCACCGAGAGCAUCAUGUCCCUGGGCACGCACUCCCGCUUCUCCGAGUUCACCGGCUUCUCGGGCAUGUCCUUCAGCAGCCGCUCCUACCUGCCCGAAAAGCUCCAGAUCGUGAAGCCGCUGGAAGGUUCCGCCACCCUUCACCACUGGCAGCAGCUGGCUCAGCCUCACCUCGGGGGCAUCCUGGACCCCCGGCCCGGCGUGGUCACCAAGGGCUUCCGGACGCUGGACGUGGACCUGGACGAAGUGUACUGCCUUAACGACUUUGAAGAAGACGACACAGGUGACCACAUUUCCCUCCCGGGCCUAGCUACCUCCACGCCAGUGCAGCACCCAGAGGCCUCAGGGGAGAGGUCCCGAGCACGAGUGACUGUCUCAGGCAGCAGAAGUUACCCGAGCCGGCCUCAGGCUUUCCCAGAAGAGAUGCAGGAGCCGCCCGCGGCCACGGAGGAGGAGGAGGAGGAGGAGGAGGAGGAGGGGUCUGCCCACCACCCUGGGAAGUGCAUGUCACAGACCAACUCCACCUUCACCUUCACCACCUGUCGCAUCCUGCAUCCUUCAGACGAGCUCACACGGGUCACGCCAAGCCUUAACUCGGCCCCGACUCCAGCUUGUGGCAGCGCCAGCCACGUAAAGUCCACGCCCGUGGCCACGCCGUGCACUCCCCGGAGGCUGAGCCUGGCCGAGUCCUUCACCAACGCCCGCGAGUCCACGACCACCAUGAGCACGUCCCUGGGGCUGGUGUGGCUGCUGAAGGAGCGGGGCAUCUCCGCGGCCGUGUACGACCCCCAGAGCUGGGACAGGGCCGGCCGGGGCGCCCUCCUGCACUCCUACGCCCCCAGGAUGGCUGUGAUCCCCUCCACCCCGCCCAACUCACCCACGCCCACGCCCACGUCUUCCCCGCCCUCCUUCGAGUUCAAGUGCACGAGCCCCCCCUACGACAACUUCCUGGCUUCCAAGCCGGCCAGCUCCAUCCUGCGGGAGGUGCGGGAGAAGAAGAGCCUCCGCAGCAGCGAGAGCCAGACGGACGUGUCCGUCUCCAACCUCAACCUCGUGGACAAAGUCAGGAGGCUCGGCGUGGCCAAAGUGGUGCACUCAGGGCGAGCCCGCGUCCCCACCUUGACUGAGGACCAGGCACCUCUCCUCUGUGGGCCCCCCGGCCCGGCGCCGGCCCUCGUCCCCGGAGGCCUGGGACCCGAGGGCCUGCCUCUCGGGUGCCCCGCCGCCGCCGCCGCGGCCGUCACGAGUGCCAUCGGCGGGCUGCAGCUCAACAGCGGCAUCCGGCGGAAUCGCAGCUUCCCCACCAUGGUGGGCUCCAGCAUGCAGAUGAAGGCCCCCGUGACCCUCACCUCGGGCAUCUUGAUGGGUGCUAAGCUCCCCAAACAAACUAGCCUGCGGUGAGGGUGGGCAGGGGGGGCCCUUCCUCCGAGGAGACCAGUCUCGUCCUGCCUCCCUCGCUUCCCCCCUGCACUGCGCUCCCUCCCGCCUCCCUCCUCGCCUGCCCCCUCCCAGCUAGACAAAUCAGCCUCGUGCCUCAUGGCGGGAGAGUGGAGACUUUGUACAGUGUGUACCUAGGACUUGGAGACCCGUCUCCUACCCGCCCUUCCUUCAGAUCCCGCGGGAAGUGCCCGGCACUGUCCGUGCUCUCCGGAGGGUUCACCUGUGCUCACCUGGGGGCGGGCCAGGCCGGUGUCCUUUCCCCCUCUGCCGUCCUUUGAGAAGCACUGAAACUCCCCAGGACAUUCGUAUCCCAUGGAUAGGAAGCCGGGGAAUCGUGGCCGGCUGCCGGCGUGCGCACCGUGAGCCGGCACCCAGCACACGGCACCGUCCUCCCCUCCCAGCCCGUGUCACUGGGCACCUUGCCUCUCCCGCCCUCUGAGAGCGUGAGGGACCUCCGUCGGCGGCCACGCGCAGCUGCUGGCGCUUCCAGGACUGGAGAGCUGUUCUUUUACGGGGGUCCAGCUUCUCCAAGACCUGCACGCCCCUGCCUCAGCGUGCAGCCGCGUCGCUGCCGAGGUGUGACUCCUUCUUUCCAUACCUUCCGCCCGAAGUCCCUGCCCCUGUUUUGCCAUCAGCCAUCAGGCCAGACUCCUGGCCCGGGAGAGAGCGUGUUGACACUCCGCUGCACCGUUCCGCAGCCCCCGUGGGCCGUGCACACGUCCUGUGGUGUAUGUCUGUGUCUACAGGCAGGGCCGUUGUGGCGGUUGGGAAGGCCCCGCGGGUGUCCUCUCUGCGGUUCUGACGCCCAGAGACACGCGGCAGCCGCCACCAAGCCGCUAGCGAGAGGCCGGCUUAUUUCUGGGAUCCAGCGGCACAACCAGGAGGAGUGAGACCAGACCCGAGGCAACUCCCACAGCAGCGUUUAGAGCAAGGGGGGCAGGGGGAAAGGCGGCCAGUGAAACGCCUCGGUUGUCCAAGGAAAAAGAGCCACAGCCAAACAUGGUGAUCCGCAGCCGGCUCCCGGGAGAAAACGGGGUUGGGGCCCAGUCCCAGCUCCAGGCCCCGAGUCUGGCCCCCACGCUUUCCCCUCCGUGGUCUCGCGGGGCAGCCGUGCGAGGCCCACACACCUCGCCCUGCUGUUGUGCAGCAGAGCAGCCCACGACAAGCCGUUUCCUUCCCCCCAGACACCCCCCCCCCGCCCCCCGUCUCCGGUGCCGCCCUUUAUCCCGAGGAAGAGAUGCAGGUGCUCGAGAGACUCAGGUGGACGAGCAAGGGAGCCCGGCCCCGUCGCUGUCGCCGACAUGGUUCUGAACUUUUAUUUAUUACGUAUGAGUGCCGUGCCCUGAACACGCACCCUCUCUCCAGCUCCAGCCGCGGCGCGUCUGUGGCGUGCCGGUCUCGGCAGGUCGUUUAUUUAUUCCGUGGCCCCUCGUUGCCGGCAUUCACGGGAGGAGAACAUCACGUGCCCGAGAAACUGGCCGUCUGGCAGCCCCCCACUACCCACCCCGCCCCCCAAUCCCGGACAAAGGAUGUGUCCUUCAUGGAAGGAGUGUAGCCUUAUGUCUACCGAAGACACUUCAAGGAAGUCCCUGGGAAGGACCCUCCGUCCCACGGCUUCAGACUAUUUAUUCUGCGAACACGAGAGAGCUGGUCCGUUACAUUUUCAACACUCCUUGUGGCUGUCAGUGUGCCCUUGCUGCAAGGAGCGGACACCUUUUUAUCGGAAUGUAUUUUAAAGCCGUAGGUAGAAUAACGAAGGAACAUGGGAACCGUGGGCCUCAUGGACCUCUCGGUGGAUUCAGACAGAGAAGUCACCCGCAUCCCAGAGGGUGGAAAUCAGUUCAGAGAUUGUGGUGUUUAGUACAGUAAAUAAAUGAUCAACAGCGGGCAACCACUAUCCAGAAGUGUGUUGUAAUGCAUCAAAAAAUCAACAAUAAAAACUUUAUUUGCUAAUGAAUAUCAAUAAAAUAAGUUCAAAUGAUGGAAA